CUCUUACAGAUAGUGCGGCGGCCAGAAACUCGCGUCUACGCGGGGGAUUACAGUAACGCGGUUGUCAGUGAUGAGUCAGUCUGCGUGGUGCUGAUGCUGCUGCCAUUUCAUCACCUUCGCGAGCACAGCAUCCAUCCCUCUGUUCUCCCAGUGCCUGGGCCUACCUCGCUUCGGGUUCCCAGGCCAGCGAUGUGCCCGCGGCUGGGCUAGAUCGGUCCCAGCCAAGCUCUCCGAGGCCUCGGCGGGGCGCCCCCCUCUCGCCGCCCCUGGCCGGAGCCAAGGAAACCGGCCGAGCCGCGGCCAUGGAGGCCAUCUGGCUAUACCAGUUCCGGCUCAUUGUCAUUGGGGAUUCCACGGUGGGCAAGUCCUGCCUGAUCCGCCGCUUCACAGAGGGUCGCUUUGCCCAGGUUUCGGACCCCACCGUGGGGGUGGAUUUUUUCUCUCGCUUGGUGGAGAUCGAGCCGGGAAAACGCAUCAAGCUCCAGAUCUGGGAUACCGCGGGUCAAGAGAGGUUCAGAUCCAUCACUCGCGCCUACUACAGGAACUCAGUAGGUGGUCUUCUCUUAUUUGACAUAACCAACCGCAGGUCCUUCCAGAAUGUCCAUGAGUGGUUAGAAGAGACCAAAGUACACGUUCAGCCCUACCAAAUUGUAUUUGUUCUGGUGGGUCACAAGUGUGACCUGGAUACACAGAGGCAAGUGACUCGCCACGAGGCCGAGAAACUGGCUGCUGCAUACGGCAUGAAGUACAUUGAAACGUCAGCCCGAGAUGCCAUUAAUGUGGAGAAAGCAUUCACAGACCUGACAAGAGACAUAUAUGAGCUGGUUAAAAGGGGAGAGAUUACAAUCCAGGAGGGCUGGGAAGGGGUGAAGAGUGGAUUUGUACCAAAUGUGGUUCACUCUUCAGAAGAGGUUGUCAAAUCAGAGAGGAGAUGUUUGUGCUAGUCAGCCCUUUUAUUUCUAAAACAUUCUCUCCCAUCUGAACUGAAAAAUGAGCAAAACAAAUAGAAUCCUUGUAUGACUGAAGAGAUCUCAACUUCCAUUUGGAUACCAUGAGAGCCUCCUUCUCCUGGGGGCUCUGACAGGCUCAUGUAUGGGUAUAUGGGGGAGCCUGGGUGCUGUGAUGGAGGGACUAAAUUGUUGACAUGGGCUGGGCCAGGCACAGUUUUGUGGACCAUGGUGGGCAGUGGCUGCUCCAUGUGCCCUUUGUGGACCACAUGUUAAAAGCCUGGGCUUCAGGAAGCUAGGUCCCAGGAAAACAUACCUACAGACAGGACAACUAUUCCUUGGAAUUUCAGCUCAUUCAUAGGUCAUGAACAUAAGAAAAUAUGUAAAGGGAGGGAAAGUAUCACAUUGGGAACAAUCAGCAUAACUAAAAAAAGACUAUGAGAUCAACUUAUUCAGUGAGAAUAUCCCAAUGUGUAUGCUGGGUUUGGUUAAAAGGUACCAAUUAGCUUCUAAUAGCUCACCUGCAAAAUGAGGGGCAUGGGCCAGCUAUCUGCUAAGGCCCUAUCAAGGCCUUGUGUGUGAAAAGGGAGGCUAUCUACACAGUUAUUAUCACAUUUGAGAAAAUGUACACCCUUGUGAUAGAAUUAUCAGCUGUGUGAAAGAAAUUGUCCCUUACAAAUUACCCUAUAAGGAGAAGAGAGAAACACUGUAACCUAAACAUCAUACCCUCUUUCCCCUCUGAUCAUGCCUGAGCAUGGAAGUAAACAGCCUGCCUACUUCUUCAAGCACCUGACGGCAACAUCACGGUGAUUGCCUCUGAAAAGAGCCCUGAGGCAAACACUCACUCAUCAUACCUGCUGCACAGACAGCACUGUAACCCUUAAAAACAAGUUACAGUUACUUAGCUACUUAUUUGAUCAUCAUAACAGACCUAUGAGGUUUUUGUUCCAUUUUUGCAGAAUAGUAAACUAAGUGCCAGGAGACUCAUUUGGCCAAGGUCAAGGACUCCUGACUCCUAGUUCUUUCCUUUUCACUGCAUCAUCCUGCUGUCAGAUGAAUAAACAAUUAUUAAUGUGUUUACUUUGGAAGAGAUAUGACUGUACAAUAAAUGUUCUCUACACGUUAGGAUAUGUUUUCCUUAUUGAUUGUAACUCAGCUAUAAUCCUGAGGAAACCUGAGAAGGAAUCAAAGGUGAAGCCCAUUCAGGUAUUAUUGACAAGAGGGCUUUAAACAAGUGAAUAAUUGCACAACUAAAAACACAUUAGAACUGUGUGGGCUAUAAGUGUUCUUAUCACUGAAACACAGUGGUCAUUUUAUUGAAAAGAACCAAAUAUAGCAAUGGGGAGUGGGAUGGGGAUAAAAUACUUACCCCACAAUGAUGUUGGCCACCUGUCUGCCAUAUACCUAUACUGAGUUCCUGUCUACCCUAGAGAGUCAGCUCUUAAUUCUCAGGUGAACAAACAGCUAACUGCAAGAGAAAAUUGGAGUGGCUGGCUUGAAGUUACCAUUAUCUUGAACAGAAGUGAUGCUUUAAAUUACUUUUUGGAUUGCAGCCAGUUCAGCUAGGCAAAAGCCAUAUUUUUCACAAUAAGAAAACUAUUCUGAUUAGAGUCAGAUCUCUCAUAUCCAUUGUGAUAGGGAAGCCUAGGAAUGGCAAGUUGCUUUGAGAUAUAGUAUUGAACUUCAGUGUGACUGUGACUGAAUCUGAAAGUUUGGGAAUUUGCUUCAGCCAGAAUAAAGAAGCCAAAUAAUGAAAAUUAUGGAAGACUAUUCUGCCACCUACGCCCCAAGUUGGAUAAGCAAACCACCUGGACCAAUUCACAGCAGCAACUGCAAGUGAACCAAUCAUCUCCAUACUCAUUUCACAUGACCUGACUUGGGUGGGUAAUUAAAUUGCCGACUUUGUGGUUGUACAAGGCAAAUACAAGAUGGAAAAUUGGGCUAACACAAAAUUUCAUCAACUACUGUACUUAAUUAGGUUUAGAAGAUUCUAAAAGCCAAAUUAUCCAGUGGAUAAGUAAGAGUUGACUGGAUUCUUGUGAGUUCAAAAAAGGAAACAAAACUUCUCUACAGUUUUCUUGACUAAAAUACAUUAUAUGUACACUUUUCCCAUUCCUGGCAUUUUUUAGGCAGGUUUAAAAAUACUCAGCAUAGAACCAGCAGAGGUGGCUGAGCUUAAUUGCUUAAACAAGUUCUAGAAACUUUAAAAAUCAUUUUAGUAGAAUUCAGUAUUGUUGUCACUGCAAUAAGUGGGUUUUAGAAAAUAAGUGUGAAAAAAUCAGGUGUUAAUAUAAUACUAAGGAUAAAGCUUUAGAAGCUAUUUUACUACAUAGGUAAAGAAAAGAUAAACUAACUUGUAACAAAGACCACAACUGCAUGUUGGAUUAGAUUGUCUCAUAUUCCAGGAUAAAAUGUACUGUAUACUUUUCCUCACUUUGUUGUGCACUGUAAUGAAAUGUGAAAAAAUGCUUUAUUUAGCUGUAUGUGAAUGAUAAUAUGCUUGUAUUUAGUAAAAUGAUUGAUUAUGUGA